ACUGUCAUAGUUACUCCCGCCAUUAUAAAGAUGACGAUGACGAGGCUGAGGUGGAGGAGGAGGAGGAAGGAAGAGGCAAUGGAGGAGGACGAAGAGAACGGGGAGGUGAUAGAAGAGGAAGAAGAGGAGGAGGAGGAGGAGGUGGAAGAGGAGGAGGUGGAAGAGGAAGAGGGGGAAGAGGAAGAGGAGGAGGGGGAGGCGGAGGACAAGGAAGAGGAAGAGGAGAAGGCGAUGGAGGGAGGAAGAGGAGGAGGAGUAGUAGUAGGAGGAGGAGAAUGAGGAGGAGGAGAAAGAGGCAAUGGAGAAUGAGGAAGAGGAGGAAAAGAAGGAGGAGAACGAGAGGAGGAGGACUACGCCAGAGUAGCGGCUGACUUCCCUCACCUCCGCCUUUUUUGUGUUUUUUUUCAAUCAAUUGGUUGGUUCCUCUCCCCUCCACCUUUUUUUUUUCAAUCAAUCAAUCAAUCAAUCAAUCAAUCAAUCAAUCAAUCAAUCAAUCAAUUGAUC